GCUUACACCGUCAGCCAUUGAAUCAUCUCGUCGAGAGGAGGAAUCGUGUGUAACAUUACAUGAGAGAACCAAACCAGGGUCACCUCUCUCCUCUUUAACUCCUUUGACUCUUUCCAGGGAGAAAGGCUGCUAUUCUCACAGGGGAUCUGGAUUCAAUCGGUCUUGGGCUGUUUUUGUUUCCACUUAACCCGCCUGCCACCACAUAUUCAGCGACAGAUGACAGUGACAGGCGGGGUGUUGUUAGCUGUUCAGUGAUAAGAGAUAAACUGGGUGAAGGCGGCUGUGAGGCGCAGAUAAAAUAUAAAUUAACGGUCUAAACUCGACAAUGUAGCGGCAAGAAGCCACACGGCUGCUCGGCUGUGGAUGCGGUGCGUUGACCUACCGGUUGAAGAGCUAUCAUGUUUUUUCUCACAGUGGACUUGACACGUACGCGUCCCUGAAUCUUCGCCGACCGCCGAGGACAACUCGACUUUCUGUUCGGCCACUUUCCACAACCCAACUCGGACGAUGCGGCUCUUGAUUCGCUUGUCGAGGUGCUCGCACGGAGUUCACGUGUCCAAACUCAAGCCGGGGAUGUUGUGGCUGGAGCACCGCCUGACCCACUCGGCGGCCCCGCGGAGGAAGAGGCAGGCGACCGGGGUCAAGUCAUCGGGCUUCCUCCUGUCCUCUUCGGGCCCCUUCGUGUGCCUGUCGCCCGGCAGUCCACUCGCGGGCCUCUCUGCGCUCGGGUCGCACACGCUCACACGCGCACCUGUUGCCUUCGCCGCCUCGUCCGCCGCCUCCUCCACGCCUUCGCCGGCGAAGAGCGAGACGGACACGGAGAGCGGCCGCACACCGGCCGCGGUGCCCCUGGAUGAUGCGAGGAGGAUUCUGCAGCUCGCUCACCCGGCGAGAUGGAGAAUGUCAGCUGCUCUGGGCUUCCUGACUGUCUCCAGUGCAGUAACCAUGUCGGCUCCCUUCUUCCUGGGCAAAGUGAUCGACACUAUUUACACCACUGGAACAGACACAGAGACGAUGACAGCCUCCCUCACGUCGUUAUGUAUCAUGCUGACGGGAGUGUUCCUGUGUGGUGGGGCGGCCAAUGCUGCCAGAGUCUACCUCAUGCAGACCUCAGGCCAAGAGAUUGUUCGUAAUCUCCGAGCCGGAGUCUUCUCCUCCAUCCUCAGACAGGAAGUGGCCUUUUUUGACAGGAAUCGGACCGGCGAGCUCAUCAACCGCCUCUCUGCAGACACAGCGGUGGUGGGCCGCUCCAUCACCGACAACCUUUCCGAUGGCCUGAGGGCCGUCGCCCAGGCAGCUGCUGGUGUCAGUAUGAUGUUCUAUGUCUCUCCCAGUCUCGCGAGCUUUGUGCUGCUCAUUGUUCCUCCUGUGGCCGGUCUGGCCGUAGUCUACGGCAGAUACCUUCGCUCCAUCUCCAAACGCACACAGGACGCACUGGCUCAAGCCACAGAGUUGGCCGAGGAGCGUAUCAGCAACCUGCGGACGGUCAGGGCUUUUGGUAAAGAGCUGUCAGAAGUCAAGACGUACAAACAAAAGGCUGACCAGGUCCUCAGCCUGGCCAAGAGGGAGGCCAUGCUACGAGCUGGCUUCUUUGGAGUGACUGGUCUCAGUGGUAACAUCAUGAUCCUGUCGGUGCUGUACAAGGGAGGCCUCCUGAUGGCCUGCCAGCACAUGACGGUGGGAGAGCUCUCGUCGUUCCUCAUGUACACCUUCUGGGUGGGCAUCAGCAUUGCAGGGCUGAGUUCUUUCUACUCUGAGCUCAUGAAGGGGUUCGGGGCAGGAUCCAGACUGUGGGAGCUGCUGGACAGAAAGCCUGAGUUUCCUUUAAAUGAAGGCCUCGUGCUUCCCUCGGACCAGCUGAAGGGUCGGUUGGAGUUCUCCGAUGUCUCCUUCGCGUAUCCCACGCGUAACGAGGCUCCCAUUUUCCAGAACCUCAGUCUGCUGGUCCCCGCUGGCAGCAUCAUGGCCGUGGUGGGGCCCAGUGGCUCCGGGAAGUCAACCCUGGUCUCGCUGCUGCUGAGGCUGUACGACCCUCAGUCUGGCGUCAUCACCAUAGAUGGGCAUGACAUCAGAGAUCUGAAUCCCUAUUGGCUCCGGAGUCACAUAGGAACCGUCAGCCAGGAGCCAGUGCUGUUUUCCUGCUCCAUAAGAGAUAACAUUGCAUAUGGCGCAGUGGAUCCAGACGCUGUGACCACGGAGGACAUCUACAGAGCCGCCAGAGUGGCCAACGCCUUUAAUUUCAUCCAGACUUUCCCUCAGGGCUUCGGCACGGUAGUGGGCGAGAAAGGAGUGCUGUUGUCAGGUGGUCAGAAGCAGAGGAUUGCAAUAGCCAGAGCUCUACUCAAGAAUCCUAAGAUCCUGCUGUUAGACGAGGCUACCAGUGCACUGGAUGCUGAGAAUGAGUUCCUGGUCCAGGAGGCCUUGGAGCGUCUCAUGGAAGGGAGGACGGUGGUGAUCAUCGCGCACCGCCUGUCCACCAUCCAGAAUGCCAACGCCGUGGCUGUUCUGGACCAGCGGCGCAUCGCAGAGUGCGGGGAGCACACCGAGCUGCUGGGCAACAGGGAAGGGCUGUUCCGAAAACUGAUGGAGCGACAGGCGUUUCUGCAAGAUGAGCAGAAACGAGCACUUCGCUGAGGGGACGGGGGGAGGAAAGACGAACGGAACACGCCGUGACGGGAGGUCAGUGCCUGGGAAGAAGUGACUUUGUUCCCAGAAUUUGGGGGAAGCAAAGGGGGAGGAAAAAGAAGAAUUGAAAAUGUAAAGGGCAGAAAGGAAGCAGAGCUGCCUACAGGACAACAGGGGGACACUUGAGAAGGAGGAGAAUGUAAAACCACUGAGAAACAUUAAAGAGGUUUUCUUAAAUGCUGGACUUUUCUCACGGCUAAAAUGACCGUUUAGUACAACACCAAGAGCCAUUUGGGCAUGAGAGAGAGAGAGAGAGAGAGAGAGAGCUGAGAACGGAAACACGGAUGGAGAGUUUCAUAGAGAUGCUUUAUUUUUUAAAUAUCUACUUCAACACUGAAAAUCGAGUUCGGAAGGAGUGAGAUGGAGAAAUAACGGAGACAAACAAGAAGCUCAUUGCAUACGUGUCAUUUUUUUUAAACCACUGUCACUACCAUAUUUUUGGGGAAAACCCCCCCAAAUCCUGUUUUAAAUAGCGACGGCAUACCUUCGACGUGUGCAUAACUGUCAUGGUAGGAAUUUGGUGCAGAAUCUUUCCGGGUAAUCUUUAAUAAUCUUUUGUAGCCAAACCAAAAACAGUGUCACGUACACAAAACUGGUAAAUGUGUCUAUGUGUCUAUGUUUUAUUGGUUUUUAAAACUUGAAGCUUACAUGCAGAGCCUUUUGUACUGUCUGUUUUUUGUUUUUCUUUAACAAGCAUAAUAAAGCAGCUAUUUGUGUCAUUGCGAAACAGGACCGAACGCUAUCAGGACAUACACUCACCGGCCACUUUAUUAGGUACACCUGUCCAACUGCUCGUUAACACUUAAUUUCUAAGCAGCCAAUCACAUGGCGGCAACUCAGUGCAUUUAGGCAUGUAGACAUUGUCAAGACAAUCUCCUGCAGUUCAAACCGAGCAUCAGUAUGGGGAAGAAAGGUGAUUUGAGUGACUUUGAACGUGGCAUGAUUGUUGGUGCCAGAAGGGCUGGUCUGAGUAUUUCAGAAACUGCUAAUCUACUGGGAUUUUCACGCACAACCAUCUCUAGGGUUUACAGAGAAUGGUCCGAAAAAGAAAAAACAUCCAGUGAGCGGCAGUUCUGUGGGCGGAAAUGCCUUGUUGAUGCCAGAGGUCAGAGGAGAAUGGCCAGACUGGUUCGAGCUGAUAGAAGGGCAACAGUGACUCAAAUAACCACCCGUUACAACCAAGGUGGGCAUAAGAGCAUCUCUGAACGCACAGUACGUCGAACUUUGAGGCAGAUGGGCUACAGCAGCAGAAGACCACACCGGGUGCCACUCCUUUCAGCUAAGAACAGGAAACUGAGGCUACAAUUUGCACAAGCUCAUCGAAAUUGGACAAUAGAAGAUUGGAAAAACGUUGCCUGGUCUGAUGAGUCUCGAUUUCUGCUGCGACAUUCGGAUGGUAGGGUCAGAAUUUGGCGUCUACAACAUGAAAGCAUGGAUCCAUCCUGCCUUGUAUCAACGGUUCAGGCUGGUGGUGGUGGUGUCAUGGUGUGGGGAAUAUUGGCACUCUUUGGGCCCCUUGGUACCAAUUGAGCAUCGUUGCAACGCCACAGCCUACCUGAGUAUUGUUGCCGACCAUGUCCAUCCCUUUAUGACCACAAUGUACCCAACUUCUGAUGGCUACUUUCAGCAGGAUAAAGCGCCAUGUCAUAAAGCUGGAAUCAUCUCAGACUGGUUUCUUGAACAUGACAAUGAGUUCGCUGUACUUAAAUGGCCUCCACAAUCACCAGAUCUCAAUCCAAUAGAGCAUCUUUGGGAUGUGGUGGAACGGGAGAUUCGCAUCAUGGAUGUGCAGCCGACAAAUCUGCGGCAACUGUGUGAUGCCAUCAUGUCAAUAUGGACCAAACUCCCUGAGGAAUGCUUCCAGCACCUUGUUGAAUCUAUGCCACGAAGAAUUGAGGCAGUUCUGAAGGCAAAAGGGGGUCCAACCCGUUACUAGCAUGGGGUACCUAAUAAAGUGGCCGGUGAGUGUAUAUUGAUGUAUGCACAUUUGCAUGUAAGUCACAGUUCAGGUGCUUCUCUUCACAAGAAUUUGGUCUCAGCUAAACGAUGGGAUGCGUUUUCUAAUAUGUUUAGAUUCAUUUAGUUUGACUCUGUUUAACCUGCUGACCGCUGUGUCUGCCAGUGUGUUUCUUUCAUGCUCCGGGUACAGGAUGUGCACUUGGCUAGCAAUAAUAGUCCAUGUAAACGGCUGUAAAACCACGAACAUGUUAUCCACAACACUGCUGACCCGGCUUAAUAUUAUAGCUGGCCUGUGAGAAACAAACCGAUGAGAAGCUCCAAGCAACAUCAUUGAUGCACGACAAAGGUUACAAGGCAUCCCAUGUCAUCAAAGUCUCUCUAUUCAAAGCUAUGUUGUUACUGUCUGUUUCUAAAACAGAGUUCGAAUAGCAUGUUGGAGGAGCUUUCUGUAACAUUCUAUUAUUUUUUUGAUUCUAUUAUUGAUGGUUUAUUAAUACAAUGUUCUACUAGAGCCCUGCGACUGACGGGUAAUCAGCCAUCAGGGUGAAGCCCGGCUCUCCCCCCGAUGUUGGCUGGGAUUGGAGGUAUAGAAGAUGAAUGAAUGUUCUACUUGAAGUUUUUCUCUGCCCAUUUGAGUAAUAUGACAAGAUUACAUACCUGUGCUUAAUUUCUUUUAAGGCUUAUACUAGAUUUUUUGAUUGAUUUGUAUGUUUUAGACAUUGGUGGUAACUCACGGCCUGUUCCAGAAAUGGCUUCAUCUCUCUAUAUUUAAACAAGAAAUGAAUGAAUACAACACUGAUCAUUGGUAGUUGACCAUAGGAACGCCUAAAAUGUUGUGUUCUGCACAACACAAUAACUCACUAAAGGGUUAGGGUUGGGGUUAUAUAGGGUGUUAUGCAUAUCAGUGCAUGACAGUAUGGUUCUCUCUCACCCGAGGUCACUCCGGAAAGUUCUCUGUUUUCUCUUUGCGUCUUGGUAUUUUCCAAAAAGGCAAGUGAUUCUCACUUAACUCACAACAGAUUUGCAUUUUCUCACAUGUUCGUCAUUAUUUGAAGAUAACCAUCACAUGUCCACAGUUGUGUUGUGGUUCCUCUGUGAAAGAACAUUGGUGAUAUUAACAAACCCUACUUAUUCAAAUGAAAUAGAGAAAUAAUUCACUCUGUAGAGCAAACACUGAACGUUUAAUGACUCAUCCAGAUCAAAUAAUAUGUUCCCAUUGAUCUAUUAUAUAUUUUGUAUUAUUUGUGUGUUUGCUAAAUUAUUACUUCUAUGUAAAGGUAAAUAAAGUGAGAUGUCCAUGAUA